AUGCAAAUGUAUAUUCAAGCUACUUUUUUUCUCUCCCUGAGGCUGUGGACCUGAUGUUUGGUCAUACACAGAAACAUGUUCACCUUUUUCUUGAUCCACAAAGGGAUCAUUCAGAAACAACAAACUGUUCAACAAUCUGGAUCUGGCCUGAAGUAUGAAUCUCACAAUACGAAUACUACCUGCAUAAUAUUGGGCGAUUCGAUGGGAGGAUCACUAAUUACGCCUUGUGGAAUAAUUUCAGAGGUUCUCGUGAUCAAACUUGCGAGUUUGUUCCCCCAAAUUCAUGUGGAUAUAUGAAUGCCCGUUGGGCGAGUUCUAGAAGGCUUAUUUUUCGUGGCGACUACGAACAGAACCAGUAGCUUCCGUGCUACUGCAUACCACCUAAAAAGAAACUCACCUAGUAUGCUACAUAGCAACGAGUACCUAUUGUAUGGUUUCAUCGAUUUCAUCGAUCAGAUAAAGUCACUCUGACUCUGAAAUAGGUACUCGUACAAUUCGACGAUAUGUUAUUCUUCACAUGUCCAAGUGGAUUGGAACACGGGUGGAACUUCAACCCAAGCAUUUUCUCAUCCCAGACUUUCAUCUCUGA